AUGGAGCUCCACAUCAAGGUAGCCCAGGCCGUCCACGUCCUCAAUCACGAUACUCAAUCCUGCAACCGCGUCGCAGCUAAUCAGUGGCUCGUCCAGUUCCAGCAGACCGACGCUGCUUGGGGAGUCGCCACUUCUAUUCUUACUUCCGACCACCCUCACCUAUUCCUUUCCGAUUACGAGGUCGAGUUUUUUGCCGCCCAGAUUCUCAAGCGGAAGAUUCAAAAUGAAGGAUACAAUUUGCAUUUAGCAGCAAAGGAUGCACUCCUAAAUGCGCUUCUCGUAGCUGCUAAAAGAUUUAGUUCAGGCCCUCCUCAGCUGUUAACCCAAAUCUGUCUUGCACUCUCUAUGCUUGUACUUCAUGCUGUAGAGCAUGGAAAGCCCAUCGAGAAGUUGUUCUACAGCCUGCAGAAUUUACAGAGCCAAGAUAAUGGAAAUAAUGCUGUUUUAGAGAUGCUCACUGUCUUGCCUGAAAUUAUUGAGGAUCAAACCAGUGAUUGCCAUAUACCCUCUGCUCGGCGUUACGAGUAUGAGCAAGAGCUUCUCGCACGUACUCCUAUGGUACUUGACUUUCUAAUGCAGCAAUCUCAAGAGGGGUUUGGCAGCCAUGUUCAACCCCAUGUUAGGAGCAGAAAGAUAUUGCGCUGCUUGUUAAGCUGGGUUCGAGCUGGUUGCUUUUCGGUCAUUCCUCCAGUCUCUCUGCCAGCCCAUCCACUUUUUAACUUUGUUUUCAGUUCCUUGCAGGUUGCAGCUUCAUUUGAUGUGGCCGUUGAAGUUCUUGUUGAGCUUGUGAGUCGGUACGAGGGUCUGCCGCAGGUUUUACUAUCCCGAAUUGGAUAUUUGAAGGAAGAACUUCUUUUUCCUGCUCUUAAGAGUGGAGAUGAGAAAGUGAUAGGACGACUAGCAUGCUUGAUGUCAGAAAUUGGUCAAGCUGCACCCUUUUUGAUUGUGGAAGCAAACACUGAAGCACUUGAACUGGCUGAUGCUCUCUUGAGUUGUGUGGCAUUUCCAAGUGAAGAUUGGGAGAUUGCGGACUCAACGUUGCAGUUUUGGUGUAGCCUUGCUGGGUACAUUAUUGGGCUUGACGUGGAUUGUGCUGAAAAUAGGAAGAACUUGGAAGAAUGUUUUGUUCCUAUUUUCUCAUCAUUGAUUGAUGCUCUUUUGUUGCGUGUUCAGGUCGAUGAUUGCACAUAUAAUGACACUGGAAGAGCCCUUGAUGUGCCCAAUGGUCUUGGACAAUUUAGGAUGAAUUUGGUGGAACUUUUGGUGGACAUUUGUCAGCUUUUGGGGUCUGCUUUAUUUAUUCAGAAGAUUUUCCUUGGAAAUUGGAAAUCUGCCAGCAUUGAUAUUUAUUGGAAAGAGGUCGAAACGAAGUUGUUCAUCCUUAAUGCGGUUGCUGAAGUUGUUCUUAAAGAGGGACAUCAUUUUGAUAUCUCCAUUGUCAUGCAACUGGUGAUGAUUUUGUCCAGCAAGUCAUCUGCAGACCUCAGGGGAUUUAUGUACCUUGUAUACAAAUCACUUGCAGAAGUCAUUGGUUCCUAUGCUAAGUGGAUGUCAUCUUCUCAAACCAACAUUAUACCAUUAAUAUUAUUUUUGGGUUCUGGGAUUCGUCAACCAUUUUGUUCGAGUGCUUGUGCUUUUGCAUUCCGCAAACUCUGUGAAGAAGCUGCUACGAUGAUGCAUGAACCUUCCAAUUUGGAAAUCUUAAUUUGGAUAGGAGAGGGCUUGGAAGAGAUGAAAUUGCCCUUGGAGGAUGAGGAUGAAGUAGUUGGUGCCAUCACUCUGAUAUUUUGCUCUAUCCCUGACAAGAAGCUGAUGAGUAACUUGUUUGCUAGAUUGCUCUCUCCUUCUUAUGAAAAUAUUGGAAAAGUUAUUGAUGAAGAUCAUGGGCAUACUUUGAGGCAAAAUCCGUCAACUUAUAUGGAAUCAAUCAACUCAGCUGUGAGAGGGCUACAUAGGAUUGGUACUGUGUUCAGCUAUCUUGCAGUACAUUUAUCUACUAGUCUGGAUCCAGAUGGGUCUAUCCUUGCUUUACUUGAGCUGUUUUGGCCAAUGCUUGAGAAGCUCUUUUUGUCCGAACACAUAGAAAGCGCAAACUUGUCUGCAGCUGCUUGCAGAGCUCUUGGGCUGGCAAUUCAGGCAUCAGGUCAGAAGUUUGGGACACUAUUUCCGAAGGUUCUCGACUCUAUGUCAAUCAAUUUCAUGUCAUUCCAAAGUCAUGAAUGCUACAUGAAAACAGCUGCUGUCAUUAUCGAGGAAUUUGGCGUUAACGAGGAAUAUGGACCUCUAUUCAUGAGAACGUUUGAAAGAUUUUCUUCUUCAACAUCAGUUAUGGCUCUUACUUCGUCGUACAUCUGUGAUCAAGAGCCCGAUGUGGUUGAGGCCUACACAAAUUUCGCAUCUGCAUAUGUUCGCAGUUGCUCCAAGGAAGUAUUAGCUGCCUCUGGUUCUCUUUUUGAAGUAUCCUUGCAGAAGGCAGGAAUUUGUUCUACAGCUUUGCAUCGUGGUGCAGCUCUAUCAGCAAUGUCAUAUGUGACCUGCUUCUUGGAGGUUGGCCUUGCUUUGUUGUUGGAACCUGAGGGAUCCACAUCUGAAACAUCUGUUCAGGAUAUGGUCAUAAGAGUCAUAUCUAUCAGUGGUGAGGGCCUGGUAUCAAAUCUGGUGUAUGCUCUACUUGGCGUCUCUGCAGUGUCAAGGGUUCAUAAAUCUGCAACUAUUCUCCAACAAUUGGCUGCAAUGUGCAAUUUAAGUGAAAUAACAAAGUGGAAAGCUGUUCUCUGCUGGGAAAUUCUACAGAGAUGGCUUUACUCUGCUUUGCAGACGCUGCCUGCGGAGUACCUAAAACAGGGUGAAGCUGAAUCUUUAGUGCCAAUUUGGCUGAAGGCUCUUGUUGCUGCGGCUUCAGAUUAUCUUCAGAGCAGACAAUGUGGAGAAUUAAGUAGCCAUGGGCAUAUGCAAGGGAAAGGGGGAAGACUUCUAAAACGCUUGUUAAGGGAAUUUGCUGAUAACCAUCGUAAUAGUCCAAAUUUGACUUGA